AUGGCUCCAUUCGUUAAAGAAAAGACAAAUCUUGACACAUCGGAGCAACUACUUAAAGAUCUUCAGGACAGCAAAACUCUUCCACUAUGGACUCAAAUGACCCGGCUUAACCCACCUUUGCCCAAUCCGACGGCAGUUCCUUUCGUCUGGGAAUACGACAGCAUCCGCCCAAACCUGCUGCGAGCUGGAAAUCUCAUUUCCGAAAAACAAGCCGAAAGACGAGUGUUGAUGCUGAUAAAUCCCACUAGAGAUGAAGAUGCCCCCUACACAACCGAUACCCUCUACGCAGGCCUGCAGCUUGUCAUGCCCAAUGAAACUGCCCCUGCUCACAGACACACGGCGUUUGCUAUGCGCUACAUCAUUGAGGGCAAGGGGGGUUUUACUGCCGUACACGGCAAGAGAAUCCAGAUGCAGAAGGGAGACGUGAUCCUCACCCCGACCUGGAACUGGCACGAUCAUGGAAAGGAUGGCUCUGGACCCAUGAUCUGGCUAGACGGUCUGGAUUUGCCUAACUUCCGCCAUUUCCCCGUUCAUUUUGUCGAGCACUUUGAGCAACCUAGAUAUCCCGCCGAGAAUGUCGAUACCAGUGCUUCGCCAAUUGUUUUCCCUUGGGUUCGCAUGAAGGCCCAGCUUGACCAGGACCAGAGUAACUGGACUAUUCAGCGAUACCUGAAGGAGGAUGGACGUGAAGUGAGCCGUAUUAUUGGUGGCUGCGCAGAGAGGCUGAAUGCUUCGACCUCGUCUCCCGCGCGUCGCGAGAGCACCUCCGCUGUCUACCACAUCAUCGCAGGAAGUGGUACUUCCCAGGUUGGGGACCAGACCCUCACAUGGAAAACUGGCGAUACCUUCUGCAUUCCUUCGUGGUACAAGUACCAGCACUUUGCCAACGAGGGGGAAACGGUGUACUUCUACCGCUUUGACGAUAAGCCGAUGAUUACAGCUCUUGGCUGGUACCGUACAGAAGGUAUGGACGUGGAGAGCCUUGUUUCUGAUUAA